GAGCAAAAGAUAUUUAAUGUGUAGCUGGGAAGAAGCUUACCUACAACAGGGAUAUGCAGCGUGUGGUGCUGUGCUGUCUUCCGCUUUUUUGGGCCGUCAGCGUGGGCCUUCCGGCCCCCGUGCCCCUGCAAAGUUCCUUCUGCACUGAGCAGUGCAAUCUCGUGCAAGAGCUGACAGGGUCCGAAGAGGUUUUGCGAAAGGAUGUGACGAAUUUCCAUGGCUGCACAGAUGAACACAAGAAAUCUUGCCAAGAGUGCAUACAGUCGAGGAUUCGAGACGACAAAGCGGCUAAAUGCUCUCAGUUAUGUAGUUCCUCAACUUGUCGAGAAAAGUGCGACUGUUCAAAAAACGAUUCUAUUUCCAUUCCAACCACCUCAGCCACGGGUCAGAAGGCCAAGCUUUUGUGUCACGACUCACAGAAGGACGGUGCCGUGUUGGUGCUCGCAUUAUCAUCACAAAAGCCUCUCAAAACAGCUUAUUUCAAGCAACAAUUUCUUAACAACUGGACCCAAGUCGAGGAACAAAAAAUCAACGGAAGUUGGGUUCGCAUUGAGAAACUGAACUUUUCGUCUAAAUACGAGGUCAAACUAAUUUCCGAGGACGGCCAAGAGUUCAACGGCACGUUUGAAACCUUGCAGAAUAACCUCAAACCACUCGAGGUCAGAGGAGUGCAUGUUUCAAAUUAUGUAUCUGGAACUGAUGGAGCUCUCUACGCAAAUGUCUCUUGGGUGCCAGCAGUCGAUGCAGCUUGCUGCUAUUCCGUUCUCAAAGAAGGCAAACACGACUUAGAGACGUGCGAACCUGGCAAAAAUUGGUACGCCAAAUGGCAAGUGGAACUCGGCGAAAAGGCUACCUUCCUCGUUCGACCAUUCUUUACUUUUGCAUUAAAUACGGGCAAAGCAAUCGGCGCAACUUUUGACGUGCCGCAAUGUCCUGUAAAUCUAACCGAUGAACAAGGAACAAUUUUAGAAAACGAGAAGAAGCACUGCAAGACGGAGCUACCAAAGAGUGUUUGCAGUGUAGAGAGUGUAGGAACAAAUGAGAACACAAUCAAAUUGGACGUGACAUGGAAAGCUCCAGAAGUAUCACAAAGGGCUUCACCAGUGGUGGCUUUCCGACUUCAAAUUAAGUCCAAGAAGGAAGAAUUAAUAACUGAAGACACAAUUGAGGCCACUAAAAAUACUAAUGAUACAUAUUCAUGGUCCACACAAGUGCCUAUGAAAAGUAUACAUUCUGGUUACUUAGUAAAAAUUUCGUCAGAGAGCAGCCUUGGCGUGAGCGCGCCGGAAAUACUGAAGAGAACGUUUUUAACACGCAGAAAAUAUUUUUGGAGUGAUAACCACUGCCCCAUAUCAGACACGUGGCCUAACGUGCAGCCUAAGCAAGUUGUGGUAAAUAGCAACAUUCCCCAAACAGUCCCAGUUGUGUCGGCUGGAGCCGGAGUCGUAGUCGUGGCGGUUUGCAUCUUUGUCGUUGCAUUUGUGUCACACAAGAAACGAGCCACGAUAAAAAAGAGGCAACGGGAGAAGAAGCUCGACAUUUAUCUCAACAAUUCCAAAAAAGUCAACAGUCCACGCGAAAAGAAGGAUAACCGGAAUGUGACAUCAGGCGUUCUCCAACUUGGCCACAAACUAGGCGAGGGCCACUUCGGAGUUGUUUACAAAGCGGAAAUGUGGCAGCCAGAACAGAAGAAAUGGGCAGUAGUGGCAGUCAAGACUCUCAAAAGUUUCGGCGACGAAGCUUCCAAAACUCAGUUUGCCCAAGAGAGCGCCCUGAUGAAAGAAGUGGGCCAGCAUCCGCAUGUGAUCAGCCUACUGGGCGAAGGACUCCUGCCCAACGAAGAAGGCUUCUUCAUGGCCGUUGAAUUUUGCGAGCGCGGCGACCUUUUGAAUUUACUGCGCGGACACUUCCUGUCUGUCGAGGAGCGCGCCUAUGUAAAUGACCAGCAACAGUCCAACAAUUUGAACGCAGUCUGCAACCUUGGAUACGGCAAAUGGGACCAAACAGAGGGCAAGUCGCCUCUGACUCUCACGGAUUUGAUGUCUUUCGCCAGACAAAUAGCUCUUGGCAUGGAAUACUUAUCAAGCAUUAGAAUUGUGCACCGAGACCUGGCGGCGCGAAAUGUUCUGGUCACUGCGGACCUGCAGAUGAAAAUCGCCGACUUUGGUCUGAGCAGGGAUGUGUACGAGGGCAGCAUUUACUUCAAACACCACGGGCCUGCAAGUCUGCCUCUGCGGUGGAUGGCUCUUGAGGCCAUUGAAAGAAGCAUGUACACAAGUGCCUCUGAUGUUUGGUCAUUUGGUGUUUUGCUUUGGGAAAUAUGGACGAUGGGCAAAGAGCCGUACGCAGGGCUCGGCGCAUCACAAAUUUUGGACGCCUUGAGGCACGGCCAUCGCCUAGCCAAACCGGACGCGUGUCCACCAGAGUUAUAUAAAGUGAUGCUGCAGUGCUGGUCAGAAUUUCCUCUUUCAAGACCAACAUUCGGCACGUUUAGGUCUCUUGUUGAAACAAUGAUUGAAGCUCAAUCAUACUUGCCAGUGAAGGAAAGCGACAAGAUUCGGCCCACGAGCGAAGAGGCGCCGCUCUUAGAAAAGACGAACGUUGAUAGUGUGGAUUGAUGUAAAUAAUUUUAAGCUGUACUCACCCCCAUGUUUCGCAGCCAUCCUUCGUAAUGCAUGCUCAUUUCUGCCAUGAACACACAUUUCUGUAAUUGAAAUAAAGAUUUAUUUAAUAAUUUAGCGAA